CAUUCAGUAAGUCAUACAGACAGGUCCAUUGUUCCAGAAUCUUUUUUAUCAACUCCACCAUCAUAACCAAUAGUGAUUGCUAUGUCUGUUCUCCAGACUACUGUGUUGACCCUGUUGGGGCUGUGGGGGGCCUGGAUCCCCCCUGUCCUGCCCUCCUGCACCACAGGCCAACCAGUAGAGUGCAGUGCUGCCCAGUCAGCUCCCGGGACCAACCUGGCUGGUGAGGGUUUUGAUGUGGUCACCAUGGAGCGCAAGCAGGCCUAUGUGGUGGAUGUGGAUAACUGGAGGAAGACCCAGAACGGGACCUGUACACUCUGUGUUAACCCUUUCAUGAAGGGACAGACUCAGAGGCUCCCAGCGGCUGUGGUGUACUGGAGACCCUCACACCAAUGUCACAUAGAGAUAUCCAGCACGGUCUACGACUCCAGUGAGGCAUUUGUGAGCAACAGUCAAACAGAGGUAGAUGAUAGUUGGAAGAUUGGUCUGAACAUUUGGACCCCCCAGGCAAAGGAGUCAGUCGUGGUGGGGGGUACCCACUCCAGAGCUGCUAAGACAGUCAUGGAGCAGUCUAAGCAGGAUAAUUACCAGUUGAUUGAGGACCCUCCCCUAAAUCCUGAGUUUUCUCGCUCCCUGGGUCUCCUGCCUCCCCUCUACAACACCCAGUCCAAGGCUGAAUACACCCGUUUCCUUGCCACCUUUGGCACCCACUACAUCAGGAAGGUUCACCUGGGGGGGCGGGUGAAGAGUGUCACCUCCCUGAGAGUGUGUGAGGCGUCCCUGAAGGGUUACAAGGAGAAUGAGGUCAAGGACUGUCUGGAAGCUGAGGCCUCUGUUGGCACUAGUACUGGAUCAGCCGAAGUCAGAACAGAGACCAAGUUCUGCAAGAAGGACCUUAAAAGUCGUCACACCAAAGAGAGUUUCAGCAGCAUGUUUAAUGACAGGUUUACUGAGGUGGUGGGGGGACAGACGGAUGGAGCAACUGACCUGCUCUUCUCCAGGACGGGUGGAACCUCCAAGGGCUUCUCUGAUUGGGCAAGAACCCUGAAAACUGUUCCAGACAUCAUCAAUUACUCCCUCCACCCCCUCCACCUACUGGUGAAACGAACCAAGAAGAGGGCAGGGCUGAAGAAAGCAGUGGAGGACUACAUCCUGGAACACGCCCUGGUCAAGCACUGCUCUGGGAAGUGUAAGAGUGGCUCCAACCCCAGUGCCCAUGACUCCUGCCAGUGUGUGUGUCAGGCCAGCAAGGAGAUGACCAACCAGUGCUGCCCGCAGGAGAAAGGCCUGGCCCGACUAACGGUCACCAUAAAGUACGCCAAGGACCUUUACGGGGACACUAUGUCACAGACUGACGGCUUUGUCAAGGUGUUCAUGGGUAAUGAUGCCAAGCAGACUGGUGUGAUCAACAACAAUGACAACCCCAGGUGGAACGCAGUCUUUGACUUUGGCACUGUCAAGCUCACCCUGGGCAAUGAGCUCAAGUUUGAUGUUUACGACGAAGACACCACCUUGUACAAGACGUCGUUUGAACUUUUAGGGGAGUGCAUCAUUCGACCUGUCAAAGAGGGGUCUUAUAACAAUGAAAUGUGUCCUCUAAAUCGUGGCAACUUGUUCUACUCCUACAUGGUUGAAUGUGCCCCAGGACUUGGGGGCCCAACCUGUGGGGAGUACAUCGCCUCUCCAAUGAACUCUGACCUUUCUGGCAUCUACACCUCCCGUAACGCGCUGAACAUGACCCAGGAUCUACUGGCUCACAUCAGGAUGGGCCGGCCCCCAGUAGACCCGUUGGCCUUCACGAUGAAGCAGAAAGCAAAUGAUCACCCUCGUCUCUCUGCCCUCAAUGAGCUGUGA